AUGAGAACGGAGGCAGCGGUCAGUUGUUUCCUGUUGGUAUUGCACAGGGUAUGCUGUCAGAGUGGCAGCGAUGAGUCCUGGCUGAGUCCGGAUCCCGCCUGGUCGGACCUGGUUAACGAUUUCAAUCAGCCCGGCGAAUUUUGCCAGUGUCCUGCGAGUCCAGAUUUGUCUCCAGUGGCCAUAGAGGAUGCCGUGGCACUCACAUACUUCAAGAAGUUUGUCAACAUGCUGUUUCAGCGCAAGCGUUUUCAGUACGAUGCUAUGUCGGCGGUCCAUAAGCGAUCGCUGCUCUUCUCCCUGCUCCCAUCGCAACUGGAUGAACUGGAGAGGGUGCAGAAUGCUCGGGAUUUGGACGUUUUGCUGACAAAAAUAUUGGAGAGUGCCGAGGAGGCUCCUUUGUUUAAUGGAAGGUCCGGAUGCUCAUACGUCCGACAAGGUUUUUUCUCCUUAUUGGUGGAUAUAUUCAAGGAUGUAAUUGAACUGACGAAAACGACCGAGGUGAAAUUUAUCCUAUAUGCAACAUUAGCAAUUGCACUUGCCGUCAUUGUGCACAAACGUUUCCGUGUCGGACUAGUUUCACUUGUUCUGGGAGGCGUGUUUUUGUGUGGAUAUAUUCAGACUUAUUUAGAAUGCAACAGAGAAUUAGACAUCGAUAGGUUAAUAGAGGUCGUAAAUCAUCACCAUGAGCCUGAUUCGUCCUUGCUUAGUCGACUGCAAGGCUACAUAUACCGAGACUCGCCAAAAACUAAGAAGAUAGAUAUGAUCAAAAAAUCCGCAAAACUCAGCAUUUCCAUUUGCAUGCCAGAUCAAGUGUUCUUUAUGUACAUGAACAACCUAUUUAUCAAGCAGUUGGAAAUCAUGAUAGAAAAGGUGUCGGGAACUAUGACUAAACUGUCCUCCGGAUUAUCCUUCCCGUAUAACCUCCUUGCACCAGUCAUUUUGGUGUUUUUAGUGGGUUACAUCAUAAAGCUGUCCUUUAAAUACAUCUUGAGCCCCCGAGCAUGGGCGUCUCUUUUACACAGGCCAGCACCACAAGGGACACCAACGAUUCACCAGCCCAUUAAUGCACGGGCCCCCGAAGGGGACUGCAUAUCGGGCGACAACUUAAAGAUGCUGCUAAAUGUAAUUAACGUGAGAAGUGUUCCAAAGGAGUCGCUACAGCGACUUCCUGCCGUUUCGGGCGUCCAAGAGCUGGAGGAAGCGCACGAAUCUCCCACCACACCAACGAAAAAAGAAAAUUUAGAUAAAAGCGAUUCCAGCAACAGCAGCAAAAGCAAAAGCUGUGUUGCUGAAGAUGAAGGAUUCACGUUGGUCGACGAUCACGAGGAUAAUAACAUUGAUAAUGUGUAGUGGCCGCAAAUAAACAUAUUUUGUAAUUUAAGUGUAAAGUCCGUGAUUUUUACCCAGUUUUUAGAGACCACUUGUGGCAAAUAAUUAAGUUUUUUCAUUUUUUGAUUUGUCAUAGUUAAAUUUUUAUUGAAAUUAUUUUGCAUGUACUUAAUCUCAUUUGCGCGAUAAGUGUUAUUAAGAUAAAUCUUCAACAAUAAGAUCUUUUAAGUAGGCCACGAAACUGUUUAUAUUUUGCUUAUUAUUGUUAUGAUGCCGGCCCUUCAAAAAAUCAGAUAUAAUUUUUAUAUGUAACUUGUUGAUCUUUUAUAUUUACAACUUGGCGCUCAGGCGAUUAUUAAUAAUAAUAUUAUUAGCAGUGGGCGCUCAUUUGUGAGUUGCGUAUUAAUUGAAUGUAAGCGAUAAUUUAAUAUUCGGUUUUCGAAUCUUGUAAAAUCUAAUUUAAUAUGUAUACAACUAAUAUAUUUAUAUAUCUAUGUAUAUAGAUCUAUAUGGUGUGUGUAUAUAUUUGUAAGAAAAAAUUAGAAAAGAAUUUCGGUGUAAAUAUAUUUAUUCGUUGUAUUUUAAAUCAUGCACCUAAAAUGUAUUAUGCUUUAAUUACAAUUCAUUGUUAUUAUAAUUCGUAUGCAACUAAGUAACUUUACGCAUUAGUGAAAUGUACUGUAUGCAGAGAAUGUUGUCCAAUAUACGGCACAUACUGAAUAGCCAAAACCCAGUUUGCUGUCCACAAUUAAACGUACCUAAAACUAGUAAAACACCAAGCAGAACCCAAA